AUGCUGCCCAUCCUUCUCCUCGCCUUAUUUCUCUUGCAGGCUGUGCUCGCACUUCCAGCUAGCGCCAUCAAUGAGGACUCGUAUGACUUGAGCACCUCAACCCACGCCGUCCGCAACACCCCAGAGGGCAUCUGGCAGCCCCCCCUUGGCAUCGGUUGGGAAAUUGUGCUUCUCUCCCCCCCGACAACCUACGACGAUAAAAUCCCCAUAUAUGACAUUGACUUAUGGGACAACCCAAAGGAGACAGUGGACAAUCGGCACGCCAAACGGCAGAAGGUGGUGUGCUACUUUUCAGCGGGCACCUGGGAGAGCUGGCGCCCCGAUGCCGGCCAAUUCCCGGACGAGGUACUUGGCAAUAAGCUUGGGAGAUGGUCGCGGGGUCGAAAUGUCGAACGAUGGCUGGACAUCCGGGCUGACAUCGUCCGCACUGCGAUGAGUGCUCGUACCGCCAAAGCGCAUGAGCAAGGAUGCGACGCCGUUGACCCGGACAACGUGGAUAUCCACGACAACGACAACGGGUUUCCUCUAACUGCGCAUGAUUCCCUAGAUUACGUCCAGUGGCUUAUUACUGAGUCCCACAGCCGCGGGAUGGCAUUCGGGCUCAAGAACGCGGCCGACCUCCUCCCCUCGCUCAUGGCCAACGUCCAGUUUGCUGUGAACGAGGAGUGCGCGCUGAAGGGGGAUUGUCUCCUCUAUGAGCGUUUCGUCGCCGCCGGGAAACCGGUACUCCAUAUCGAGUACCCCAAGGGCGACGACUCCAACAACGACUCUGUGCCCGUUGAGCAGAUGGCGGCGGCUUGUGCGUUCAUGCGAUCCCACCGUUUCUCCACGCUCAUCAAGAAUAUGGACCUGGAUGAGUGGGUUCAGCAUUGUCAGACCGGAGUAACUCCUGUUCAUACAGGCCAAUAUUUAAACUGA